AUGUUGAAAACAAUCAUCAUAAAUGAAGUAAUUAUUGCAGAUGCUACUGAAGUUAAUUGCAUGCCUAUUAAUUGUCAUUAUUCACCUUACAUCACGUUUAUUGAAAUGCAAAAAUUUAAUACCUCAAAAGCGUAUGCUAUUUAUCUCCCAGAGUAUUUUUAUAACAGAGGUUAUGCUCUACAUCCAUCCGUGCCAAAGAUCAGAGCCCAGAGGGUUCUUGAAAUUUAUUGUAAUUUAAUUACUUAUGAUUAA